AUGAGCUCUUUCUGGGCCCGAAGGAAGGACGGCAUGGAUAGGUCCGAGGGCACUACCCAGCGUCAGAAUGAGAACGACCACGAGAAUGAUCCUAUUCCACACCAGGAACCAACGGAGCACACACGCCUUCUUCCUCAUAACAACCGACAAGGCUACCUGAGUCCCGAUGAUCCGGCUGUUUCGCCCUACAAUUUAUGGACUGUGCGUGCCGUGCGCGGCCUCUCCCUCUUUGCGCUGGCCGUCAGCUUCGUGUGGUGGACUUUCCUUCUAGUUUCCAUCUUCGUCAGUCCGCCCUUGAUGCAUUCGCGUGGCUCGGGCUUCUUCGAGUUCGGAUACACGACACUGGCGACCGGGUAUCUUCUCCUUGGUCUGCUCUUUUUCGCCGUCCCCUCCAAGGCAAUGACUAUCUGGGGAAUUGUUCUUUCGACUCUGCUACUGGUGGACAUGAUCAUUAUGGUCGCAGUCCCACGCAUACGUUACGAGGAAGGAUGGGUGGGUAUCGCUUCAGUGGUUUGGGCAGCUGUUAUAUCCAUCUACCAGAUUGUGCAAAAUCGGGCCGUGGCAUGGGGAAAACGUGAGGAAGAAGAACGGCUUACGGGUCGAGAGGAAACUCGCCGCUCGCUACGGGAAUGGGCCGCUGUACUCUUUGAGACAAUCGUCUUAGCCAUUAUGACCAUCGCUACUAUCUUGUUCACAGCGACUCUGAUCCUCCGUGCUCGUGAUCUUACCCUUGAAGCUCCCGGUCGUCGGUACUCUGUUCAUGGGGAUACCUAUCAGGUCCACCUUGCCUGUGUGGGAAAUCGCACCGAAAAUACCAACGAGCCAACCAUUCUUCUCGAGGGAGACUGGGGACCCGUUGAGCACAACCUGCAGCCUUUCAUUGAUGAUGCAUACCGUGCAGGUGCUAUCAAACGGUACUGUUACUGGGACAGGCCGGGAGUGGCAUGGUCGGAUAAUGCACCCUCUCCCCACUCCGCAGGAAUGUCCGUGGAUGUCCUCUCGGAGGCUCUCGCUCUGGCCGACGAAUCCGGACCCUGGGUCGUUGUCUCUGCUGGAGUUGGUAGUCUGUAUUCGCGGCUCUUUGCCAGCCGUCACCUUCUUGAAGUCAGCGGUAUCUUCCUGAUCGACCCCCUUCAUGAGUCUUAUCUCCAAGAUGUCGGUAAUCCAGGACGUGGAUUUAUGCUGUGGCUACGUGGUGUCAUCUCCCCACUGGGACUGGACCGCCUUGCGGGUGCCCUUGUGCGUGGUCGCACUCGAGAAGACCGAGUCAUCGGCCGCUCCGCCUAUCAAUCCGGCAAAUUUAUCAAAGCCCAGCUACAAGAGAACCUUGUCGCUGUCACAAUGACAGCGGCAGAGGUGCAGUCCGCUCGGCACAUCCAGAUGGGGCAAACACCUCUAGUUAUCGUGAGCUCGGGACUGGAGAUGCAAAAGGACCCCGAAUGGGCUAAACGACAGGAGGAUCUUUCAACAAUCACGAACAAACUUCUCGCUUGGGAUGUUGUCCAUGAUGCACCGCAUGAAGUCUGGACUGUUGGAGAGGGCCGGCAAGUUUUGGAGAAGCGCUUGCGAGAGAUUGUGCAGGACAGCCAGGCUCGUCCGCCGGUUCAAGGUCGAUAG